CGCUCAUUCUUGAACCCUUCUUUCUGCUGCAUCCUUCUUGAAACAAACCGAAUAAGAUAUUCCUAACAGCAUCGUCUUAUUAAAGAAUAACAAAGAAUUCUUACUUUUUAUCACUAUUGCUACCAUUGCUAGUUACCUCUUUCUUAUUUGAACCAGAGGAAGCGGCUGUGGCCAUGCCUAUAGCACUAUCCCCUCCCUUCCGGCCAAGGAAUGGCUUGACCAAGUUCACCAACUGCCGCCUUGUGCGCGGAAACAAGCUGGUCCAGGAAGAUCUCUGGGUCAGCUCCUUGUCUGGCAAAAUCGUCAACAGCCAAGCCGCCUUUUUCGACGACCUCGUUCUGCCAGACCAGACCAUCGACCUCGGCGGCCGCAUCGUCUCGCCGGGCAUGAUAGAUGUGCAGCUCAAUGGUGCCUUUGGCUUCAACUUCUCUACACUGCUUGACGACAUGUCUCAGUACGGCAAGAAAGUCAAGGAGGUGCAGAAACUACUCGUCCAGACGGGCGUCACAUCGUACAAUCCCACCAUCACCAGCCAGCGGCCGGAGCUAUACCAGAAGGCUCUUCCGUUCCUGGGACCAUCAGGGCACUUACAGGAGGCCGAAGAUGGGGCCGAAUCGCUAGGCGCGCACUGCGAGGGCCCGUUUCUGAGCCCGACCAAGAACGGCGUACACAAUGUCGACGUCCUGAUAGAGGCGCAGACAUUCGAGGACCUCGAGGCCUGCUAUGGCAAGCACAAUCUCACCCCGCGGGCCGAGGGCGAGCAGAUCCCCAUCAAGUACAUCACUGCGGCGCCAGAGCGCGGCCAGAUGAUGAAGCUGAUCCCGGAACUCAAGAAGAAGGGCAUCAUUUACUCAGUGGGACACUCCGAGUCCACGUACGAAGAGGCGUCCGAGGCCGUCGGGCUGGGCGCAACCAUGAUCACUCACCUGUUCAACGCAAUGCGCCCGUUGCACCACCGCAACCCGGGCAUCUUUGGAGUCCUGGGCAUCGCCGAGAGUCUUCCGCGGCCAUACUUUGGCAUCAUCGCCGACGGCAUUCACCUGCACCCAACCACAAUCAAGAUCGCCUUCAACGCACAUCCCGAUGGCUUCAUUCUUGUCACCGAUGCAAUGCACCUGGUGGGAUUGCCCGACGGCGCCUAUCCGUGGACCAAUGGUGACACAACAUGUAAUAUCGUCAAAGUGGGAUCCAAGUUGCUCCUAGAGAACUCGGACACAAUUGCUGGCAGCUCCAUCACCCUCCUCGAGUGCGUCAACAACUUCCUGCAAUGGACAGGCACCGGAAUCCCACACGCGCUGCAGGCGGUAACAGCCACCCCAGCCGCCAUGCUGGGCCUACAAGGAGUCAAGGGAUCGCUCGACGCUGGUGCUGACGCUGACCUGGUCAUCUUCUCAGAGGCGCAAACACCCGGGCAGCCCAGCACGCUGGUGUUGGACGAGGUGUGGAAGUUUGGCACCAGAGUCCAUCGUGCAACGCCACCUAAAUCAGAGUAGGUUAGAAUGUUGGCAGAAGAGUUAGCAGAGGGGGGCGCCGAAAAAACACCAGAUCGUCGUAUAAUCUGCCGAAUUGAUCGAUGCAGAAAGGCUGAUGAAUGGUAUGAUUGUGCUUCAAAAAUGCAUCUGACAGCUGCAGGGACUUUUCUUCGUUUUGUUUCAUCUAUAGAAUUUGGAGACGGGAGGUUUUGUUUGGAAAUUGCAAGGCGUCGUUGUUAGUAAAAUGCUCCUUUAGGUUAAACAAGAUUGGAAAACCAAAACAUGCUGGAAAUUGAAUACAUCAACUGAAAAGUAAGAAUAAUAUCUAUAGAGAGGCGUCGUUUAGAGCGCGAGCAUAUGCGGCAUACACCGCUGCAUGCAUGUACGGAGUCUUGAGAAAUGGAAUUGACCUAAUUAUUGCAUCUUAAAAUGGCUAGGUAUUAUAUAGCAUUGGUAGCCUACUAUACUUGUAUGGUAUUACUUC